AUGAGUGAGCCUCCUCGAAUCUUCUCUUGGGCGGUAGAUGAGAAGUUUCAAUUCACUCACCUCGACACGGUGAACGCGUUCAGCGCUGGAGGUCCCGGCGCCAGAGUCCAUGCCAUCAACGACGAUGGGGGAAUUGGCGAGCAAGUUACUGAGAUGUUCUAUGUCCCCACACAGGACGUUCCUGCUGUGGACAAGACGCGUCAGGCCGUGCUUUAUGGCGCGCAUGGGUUCGACGUGAAUGUCAACCGGAAAGGAUUCGUACCCCAUCUUGGCUGGGAUGCCAUUUUCAUGUACGACCUGGCAGAGAAUGGAACGGUCAACCUACUAUCGAUCAACCUCAGCCCAACGCCUGGUGACGGCCCUCGUAAUUCUCUUCCAUCUGAGGAUGGCAGGCUCCUCUAUAUCGUAUGUAUCGCAAAGCCCCAGUGCAAUCAAGUGGAAGCAGAGCUGACGUCUACGUAUGAUGCAGAUAACGGAGCACACGGAAUUGCUUUCAGGAUGGCCAGCGAUCUCGGCUUGCAACAUAGCGGCCAGGACAUCUCUGGAAUCAAGGGAACGAGCCCCCUUGAUGCUGAAGUGCGGAGGAGACUGUUCUGGAGCUGUUAUUUCUGGGACAAAGCCAUCAGUCUGUAUACUGGCCGGCUGCCUGCUGUGGUUGAACUACCACCCCUGGGUACACUUGAUAACUUGGAUGACUCUGAUGAAAUCAAGCUUUGGUCUCCAUACCAUGAAGACUCACUCAACCUGGCCAACCUCCCACCUGGACAGUAUCCUCCUGCGAGAAGCCAUGCCGUAUCGUGUUUCAUCAACUCUUGCAAGUUGUCUAUCAUUAUCAAUGACAUCAUAUUUCAAGUCUACUCGCGGCGCAGUAGGCCGAUCACUGAAACAGCAUUGGAAGAUAUCAAAGAAAGGCUUGACAUUUGGAGGGCUCAAUCCCCGCCGCAUUUGAGAUACGACCCUGAGCGUUUGCCGCGUAUCUGCCCGCCGCCUCACUUAAUCUCCCAGAAUCUGUUGUACUUCACCACAAUUAUUCUCGCCCACCGCCCCUUCUGGUCAGUUGCGGGGUAUUAUCAGGAGUGUAUAAGCGCUGCCAAGAGUAUCCAAAAACUCCUUCUCCUGCUUGAGUCAACUUUCGGCCUCGAAAACAUUACAUAUCUGAUGGGUUACUGCAUCUACACUGGUGCCUCAGCCGUUCUGGAAGAAGCAAAGAAGGGUGAUGACGCGGCCAAUGCUGUCAUGAAGACCUUUCUGCGGGCGCUCAACACGGGAAUGCGUAGAUGCCCGUUGCUUGAGCGCAGCCUCAACAUCAUCAUCAAAGGGCUGAAGUCUGCUCCUAUUCAACCUGCCUUGCGCGGAGACAUAGAUCGUACAGAAACCCCGCCGCUCAACAGCUAUAUCCCGGCAUUUCCGUAUCUGGAUCCCCUGGGUUUCAACGACAUGGACUCACAUAACCUGGAAGAAGCAAGUUUCGAUGCUAUGGCCAUGCUGGACUGUUUUCCUGAGCUACAGACGGAUAUCGGGGAGUUAAUUUCAACCAACUUGGCAUAG